AUGGCCUCUGAUAACAAGUACAAAUACAGGAUUGAGAUUCUGCAGAUGAUGUUUGUGCUGGGAGAAGCAAAUGAUCCACCAAUAGAAACAACAUCGAUAAUUGAAGAUAUCGUACGAGGCCAAGUUAUUGAAAUAUUGAGGCAAUCAACAAAAACAGCAAAUUCUCGAGGUAGCAGAAGUAUUAUACCAGAAGACGUGAUUUUUUUGAUUCGACACGAUAAGGCAAAAGUGAAUCGUUUACGAACUUAUUUAUCUUGGAAGGAUGUUCGUAAAAAUGCCAAAGAUCAAGAAGGUGGUGGAACUGAAUCCUUGAUUGAAAAUACCAAUGAUGUUGGUGUAGGAGCCGGUGGCCCGUCACAAUCCCAAUCAAAUGAUUCUUCAAAAAUGCUUUCAAGGUACAAAAAGUCCAAGAUAAGAUUGCCUUGGGAAUUGCAAUUUAUGUUUAGUGAACAGCAUUUAGAAACACAAGAAGAAAAUGAACUUAUCGAUGACGAAGAGAAAGCUGCCUCUAUAGCGAGGUUGAAAAAAUUGAAAAUGGCAGAUGAUCGAACUAAAAAUAUGACUAGAGAAGAGUACGUUCAUUGGAGUGAGUGUCGACAGGCGUCAUUUACUUUUAGAAAGGGUAAGCGUUUUAGAGAAUGGGCCCAAAUGAGUCAAUUAUGUGAUACCAGACCCAAUGACGAUGUUAUUGAUAUCCUAGGGUUUUUAACUUUUGAGAUUGUGUGUUCCUUAACAGAGGAGGCCAUGAAUAUUAAAAAUUCCGAAGAUAAAUUACAUCAUAUACAGAGACUAAAACAAAUUGUCGACAAUAAGGAGAAACCAGUUAAGAGAAAAUACUUAUUUGAUAAACCAGACGAAUUCACCACUCCAAUAAUGCCAUAUCAUAUAGAGGAAGCAUGGAGAAGGUUACAAUCAACUGAUUUUAAACACAAAGCCGCAAGAGCGUUUGGUGGUGGUGUACUUAAAACCAGAACUAGAUUGAUCUAA